UAACAAUAUUUUUCUUGUUGCUUAAAAUUAUUCUUUUUAUAUUUAAAAAGUUUAUUGUUGUUGUCAUUGAUCAAAUCGGCAUUGAUAAUUCUUUAGAAAUGCAUAAUAGUUGAAAUUAGGUUUUUAAACCAUUAGAUGAACACUAAAAUGAUUGUACUUAGUGUUCUAGCCGUUCACCUUAAAAUGGCAUUUCAAAUUAUUAUAGUUUCAUUUUCUAUCUUAAUAUUUAUGAUAUUGAUUGGUUAAUCAAGUUUGCAGAUCUACUGAUGUGCUUAGAUAAAUGUUAGUUGCUUUUAUACUAUGCUCUUGGUAUCAGUACAUUAAGUCUGCUUCUCAGUCUGUUGCUUUGCCCUAACAACACCAAGUGUGCUAUAUAUUAAUUAUUAGAAGACAUGAUGUGCCCCCAAUACUGCAUUUAUAACAUAUAUAAAUGGAAUUUGAAAGAUGAAUUUGGAUGUAUAAGACAUAUAAAAAUGUGAUUAAAUCAACACUGUAACGUUUGCCGCCAAGUAAAGCUCUUCCAAUUUUAUGCCUAAGUUGUCAUUGUUUAUUUGUGUAAUCAGUAUCCCUUCUUCAAUUAUAUAUUUUACUCUUCUCUGUUCUUAAAUAACAGUACCAAGAUUUUUAUGCUACACCAGCAGUUUUUCACCACCAGUUCUAGAAGUGCCAGAAUUUAUGUUAUUUUAUAGUUUUGAACUUUUGUCCGGCAGUUUAGAACCCCAGACAAAAAAGCGUGGACAAUCGAACUCUACAGAACCCUCUAUACUCUCUUGGUAGGAGAAGAUCUAGGGUGCUCUUCACAGAACCCUCUUUCUCAUGUCGGUGCUCUUUUCUCUUUGAUCGCGGUAUGUUUGGACAAUCAAAUAAUUUCUUUGCUCAUUCACAGCUUGAUCAGGUCAGGUUCUUUGUUCUUUCACAAUUGAUCGAAUCAGUUCUUGGAUCAACUACAACUUCGAAAUUCAAUCGCAUGCAUCAAGUAUUGUUGGCUCAAUCAGGGCGUAGCAUACCUAUGGCAAGUCAGUUUGAAGAAGAAGUGUCCGACUAUUCUUCUUAUGACACGGAGAGUUCACAUGAGGGGCUUGGUGAGGAUGAGAGUAAUGAUCCAUCAGCUCAGAAUGAGAAGAAACAGGGGGUUUUCCCGCUCAAUAAAACCCAACAAAAGAAGUGACGGGACCCUUUUGAGGUUAUUAAAUAUAUAUAAUUUAUUUAGUAUUUUAUGCUUUGAUAUUAUUCUGAAUUUCCUUUAAUCAAUUUUUUAGUUGAACAUCUUUAAGCCCAAUUAAAGAAUCCAAAGAGGUAGAGAGUUGCAAGAAGUAUUCUGGGGAACAUCUUUAUUUAUUUAUUUAUUUAUUUAUUUUUUUAAGAAAAUGCAUGUGCAAUUUUGUUGCCUUCUCCACUAACACUGUAGUAGAGCAAUCUGACCACUUUAAACAUUGUACCAGAGCAAUCUGGUCCUUUUUUAAAUAUCAUUAUUUUUUUCCGACUAUGUUUCCUUUGUUUUGUUGACAUCAAUAUACUACUUUUUUGUAUUUUUUGUCAAUUAAGGCUGUGGUAGGACGGUUGUCAAGGUCCUAAUCCAGCAAUACAUUGUAGCAGAGCAAUCUGAAAUUAUCUAAUUGUUUUUCUCUUCUAACGAAUUUGGACAGCCAAAUGGUCCAGAAUCUGUGGAGUUCGCGAAUUUCCUAGUCACGAUGGCGAAGAAUGGGAUGAUAGCUCUAUUCUGUUAGAAUGAUUGGAGACAUUUCCCUCAUGCUAUAGAACAGGACAUGUGUAAUCUUGUCAAGGUAAAAAUGUUGUUGCUUUGAAGCUAGAUACUCUAUUUAGUUUUUUUUCAUGUUGUUAUUAACUCCCGAAAAGUUAGAGAUAUAAUAGCUAACUGAUAUCUUUUCAUAACAUUUGUAUAAAAAAAAUGAGGUGCCACAUAUAGCAAAAAGUGGGCUAUUGCUUCCAUUGGAAAAAAAAAUGGAAGGAUUUCAAUUCUGAUCUAAAGAGAGACUACUAUGCUAUUUCGGACACUGAUGAGGAAUGAUUGUUUCACCCGCCACCUUGCGUUACUAAGGAGAACUGGAUGUAUUUGGUGAAGUACUUUAGCUCUAAGGAGGGGAAGAGUCAAAGUGAAUGAAAAAAAAGAAGAGGCUCGAAGCAAACCUUACUUCAUAUCACAGGAACAGGGAGCUACACACAAGUAGCUUGGUUGCUAAUCUUGGCAUUUUUUCAUUGAUUGAGUACUUCAUGAACUAUAUAUGUUCUCUCCCCCAACUCAACUCAAAUAUAUUCUUUUCAUGUUAGAUGAGUCAAGAAAAUGGCAAAGCCCCUUCGCGUGCUGAACUAUUUUGCCAGACCCACAAACAUAGAGAUGGAACCCCUAGUGAUGAUGCUGCUUCCCAAAUGUUGGUUGCUGCUUUUUCUAGUACUGGUGCUCCCAGUAACUAUUGGCAAACUUGGUCUACUCAAGGCACAAUUCAUCAACAGUUCCAUCAAAGCAAAAGAGGAGGGAAAAGAAAAAGAAAAAGAUGACGGAAAUGUGUUCUGUUUUAGGGGAAGCGAUGAGGCAGAGGGUUAUGAAGGUGUUGGAACAGGAGAGAAGGUAAAAGAGGCUGUUGUGAAAAAAUUGGGGAAGAGCAAAACUGUGGAUCGGGGUGGAAGCUUGUCUCUUGUAUCAUGAGAGCGGAUCAGAUUCACCCGCAGUGUUUUGCUCAAUUUUUUUGGACCCUUUUAGUCCGUUAUUGUACUAAUAUUUGACAAGUGAAGCUUUUUGGGGAUUUUUAUAUUUUGUGGUUUUGCAAAUUAAUGACGAGAUUGUGAAAUUGUGUGGGGCCAAUUGUGUGACGUGUCCAAAGCAGUUCUCAAGUAUCUGUUUACUGUUAAGAUUUGAGCUAGAGAAAACAGACAGCAUUGGUCAAACCAACAAUCAGCAACCCAAGGGGAAGAAAUUUACAGGCUUGCUGCUCAUUUAGAGAGGGAGAAGGGUGGCUCCCGCUUUCAUGGACAAUCGGGGCAAUGACAUUUGCCGUGGCCCCAUUAGGACAGUAUGAUAGGUAACUAUGGCUCAGUUUCAUUUUGCAUAUUCAGGUUGUUUAUGUUGUUCAUGACAGUUCUAUGCUGGCCUGAAGAACAACUUAAAAGCAAUUGGUAGGUGAGUAGUAGUCAAUUUGAUGAAGUUUUGGAUUUUGGAUA